AUGGCCGACAGCGGCGACGACAACCUGGAGAACGUCUUCAACCAGCCCACUGCAUCUACGCCCGAAGAACUUCGAGCGGAGCGUCAGCAGAUCUUUAACGAAGUGAAGCGCAUUCAUCGCCUCGUCAGCUGCCUCGUCCAUCAAGGAGAGCAUCUCAGUCGGGACUUGAUGGUCAGGUACGUCAACCGAAUCUCGAGCAUCAACUUUGAGCUGAACGUGCCUGACAACGACGCCGACUCUAAGGCGAUCUACACUAUGAUCAAGGCCAUCGGCAAGCAGAUCAAAGAGGAUGAAGAAGAAGCACGACAGUCGCUUCACAAUCAACCGAGUUCACCACUUCAUUCGACCUACAACAGAUCCAGCCUAGGAAUGAACAGCACUUUCUCGUCUGUGUGUUCGCACCCGGUCACCAACGACCCCAAUGUCACCGUUGAGCCUUGGGAUGGCACUGCCAUUGGCUACUACAAGUUCGAAAAGCGUUUCAAAUCAACCUACUCGGCUAACCCAGUUUACUCUGCCUCGAACCGCUUUGCAGCUUUCUCCAAGCUCAUCGGACCGAAGGGACGCGCCAUUAUCGUCGACCUUGAGGAGACUACGAACGGCCUCAUCACUGCUAUGGACCGCAUCAGAGAGCGUUUUGGCCACAAGUCACAAGUCCGAGCUGACAUUGAGCGUCAGCUAGCUGCAGUGCCAGCCGUCAAGUCUAAGCAGGAUGCACCUGGCAUGAGCAAUCUGAUCGGCGUAGCUGAGAUGUCGUACAAAGUGCUCACUCAAUCUGGCACCAGUACUGACUAUCUCGAGACCGUGGUCUUUGCGACUGUCGGCUCAAAGCUCCCGCAUCAGUUCUUUCAGACCUACCUCAAACAGAAUAACAGUUCCAAAGACCUGAAGCUGCUUAUCCAAUUCAUUCGCACUCAAGUCGAAGAAGUCCAUAACAGGGAGGAGAUGUGUCGUGCGGCUCUAGUCUCUGCUCCACGAGCCAAAGUCAACGGCACCAUCCCCGAACCGGCGACCAGUGAUCCAACAGCCUAUUCGCCCAAACAGUCAAAAAAUCGACCAGUGAAAGCGCGCUCCCCUCGUCAACAAUUAUCUAGCUGCCGUCUGUGUGACGGAAACCACCACGUGUUCCAGUGCAACUAUGGAACAGCAGAACAGAGGAAGCAACUUGCCACGAACAGACAAUGGUGUCUUCGAUGCUUGCUAAGACACCCCGCUGGACAGUGCCGUUCGCGUUACCUUUGCCAAUGUGGAGAGCAACACUCUCAGGUGGUAUGCACUGCAAAAAGUGCUCAGUCAACCAUUCCACUCGUAACCCAAUCAACUGGACCAUCUGGAGCGACGAAUGCAAAGUUGCUCUAUCAGCCACCAAAGGAAGAACCGAAAAUGAACAGUGCAGGCAUCACUAUGAGUGUGCCUAGGCCCCAUUCCGGAAAGUCAUCGUCAUCAUCUAGUUGCCUACAGUUUUCUCGACCCGACCGCCUGACGUCGUACUUUGAGACUGUAGUUGUCAGUAUCAACGGCCAGAAGCUCCGCAUCCAGCUAGACAGCGGAUCUGGUCGCACGCUCAUCCUCAAGGACGUAGCCGACCGACUCAACCUGAAGCCAUACGCCAAACACAAGCUGAAUCUCGGAGGAUUCGACGGUCUCAGUUCCCAGACUAGCGAGCGACUUGUCAAAGCCAGAGUACAAUCACUCCACUCGAAUCAAUCCUUUAGCAUGAUCAUGUGCGUAACACCGGUUAUUGAUCACCGUCCGCGAGCCGCCUCACCAGAAUUGUGGACUCAGCUCAAAGACCUCGGCUAUGAACUGAGCGAUUCGCCAGAACACGACCAACUCCCAAUCAGUAUUCUCGUCGGAACUGAGUACUACUGGAAACUCUUUACUAGUUUGUUCAUUCCAGUAACCGACGAGAUCGCAGUUCGCAAUUCCAUUUUCGGGUGGACGAUGGUCGGAACCACGGAGGACAGUAACUAUCAUUCGCCUCGUCGACAACAUUCAGCCGUCGUUGGACUCUCCAAAAUUAACUUGCAGCCGGACAGUCAACCCUAUCUAGAUGACGAGCUGCCCGUGGUUAACUUCUCAUUCGCCUCUUCAGACAAACCUUCGAAACUAGAAAGUGCCGCUAGCACCCAUCCUUCUCGUCUCACCAUCUCGAACGACGACCAGUUGCAGGAGGAGUACCUCCAGGAGUUCAUCAAGGCCAACGUCCAUUUUCGAAACGGCCGAUACUCUGUCAACAUCCCCUGCAUGCAGCCACUGGACAUGAAGGACAACAAGACAGUUGCCUUGAAUCGCUUUUACCGUCUCGAGCGAGGACUAGAAGCUCGAGGACUAAAGCCCGCCUAUGACGCAGCUUUGGCGGAAAUGGUGGCCAACUUUACUGAACCAGCACCAGACGUGUGUAAGUCGGCUAAAUGUUACUAUAUGCCGCAUCACCCCGUCAUUCGUCUAGACAAAGACACUACCAAGCUACGAGUGGUCUUUGACGCAUCAUCUCAUUCGUCUUCCACCAAGUCCCUUAACGAUAACUUGUUCAAAGGGGUUGUGAACUGGGACUUGCUUGACGUCCUACUUCGAUUUCGGUUUGGUCAGCAUGCAGUGACCGCCGAUAUUGAAAAGGCCUUUCUCCGCAUCCAAGUCGAACAAGAGGACCGAGACGCAUUUCGUUUUUGGUGGCGAGAUCCAGACGGUAACCUGAACAUUCGCCGAUUCACCGCCGUUCCGUUUGGCACUAGCAUUUCGCCCGGCCUACUGUUUGCAGUCCUCAAACACCUAUUCGACUCUAACCGCGACAAGUAUCCCGAUGUGGUGCCCAUUAUUGAAAAUCGAAUGUAUGUUGAUGACGUUGUCGUGGCCUUUCAGGACAUUACGCCCAGCGAGCUGGAAGCCUUUCGGGCUCGAAGCAUUGAGAUGUUCAAAACAGCAGGCAUGAACUUGUGCAAAUUUCGCACUAAUCAUCACCAGCUCGACUUGCAGUGGGCAGGCCCGUCAGCCAAACCAGUCAUCAAAGUUUUGGGUCACGCUUGGAACCUACCACUCGAUAAAUUCUCACCAGCGAUUGACAUUGACCGAUUUCUCACCCUCAACUCGCUCACCAAACGGGAGUUUACUGCCUUUGUGCAAUCGGUCUACAACCCCACUGGCAUCGUAGCCCCUUUCUGCUUGAUCCUGAAAUUGGCUCUCCGUGAGCUGUGGAAGCUGAAACUACGAUGGGAUGACACGAUUCCUGAGAGUGAGUUGCGGCAUGCACUCGAACUGAUCAAUGAGGCCAAGUUGGUCAACGAGAUGGUGGCUCCUCGAAACGUGUGGCCAGAUGAGGGAAUUCAGCCAACCCUUCGUGUCUACGCCGAUGCCAGCACUACCGCUGUAGGCAUUGCUGUCUACUGCUGCUCGACUAAGGGCAACUUCCUCAUCUUCUCCAAAUCGAAACUAGCUAGAACAGCUACGAUACCUGAACUAGAACUCGACGCGCUAGUAAUGGCAGCAGCAGUGUCGCGACAACUUUCACUCGCUUACCCAUUUUCAACAGUGGUGAUCUGUGGAGACUCAAAACUGAACUUGCAGCGUCUCAUCCAACACCCAAACAAGCAGAAGCUAGCCGUCGCCCUCCGCGUCAACAUGAUCAAACGAUCAGCUCCUCACACCGUCUUCCGGCACGUCGAGUCGAAGGAGAACAUGGCGGACAUAGUGUCCCGAGGUGCCACUAUGACUCAACUUUUGAAGUCCAAACAUUGGCUCGAGGCACCGGAGCUAUCGUCCACAACGCAGUUUGAGCACACAGUCACUGCUCAUUUCCUCACGGUGGCAAUCCCUAAGUCAGAUUGCACCUGCACCCAAUAUCGCAACUAUUCACUCGCCGUCAAUUGCUAUCGGAUCAUUGCCCGUCUCUUGAAGAAGAAGAAGACAGCCUACGAUGACAUUCACGAGCUUGAUCUCGCUCUCAUUCUCCUCAUACGUGAUGUGCAGCGCCGUCACUUUGAAGAGUCCAUCACUACAGUGGACGAACACG